GACGUACCCGCUCUGUGCCCGCGCGGAGACUCCCUUCACCCACCGCCACAGGUCACGGAUCAGGUCACGGCAGCAGCGCGGGUCAAGAUGCUGUCGUCGGGUCCUCACGCCUCGAGAAUCGUGCGGAAAUACAGGAGGACGCGGCUUCAGCAGGUCAAGAGGCAAGAGUACAAGAAGCUGAGGAACAUGGUGCCGGCGCUGCAGGAGAAGAAUCGGGUGUCGAAGGUGGAGGUGAUCCGAUGCUGCCAAGCCGAUCCAGUUAUGACACGGAACCCACUUGGGCAUCGCCUCAUCAGAGGUUUGGCAGCAGGGGCUUCCGGAGCGACGCUAAGAGAGAAUAAAUGUGUGUCUUUCGAGAAACGAGUUGUAAACUACUCGUUUGCCUUUAAAGAGGUUCAAAUGCUCGAGAACAUGAAGUAG